AUGGGGGUCAUCUUUUAUGGUCUUAAGCACUUGAGGCCCUUUUUCAGUCUGCUCGGUCUGGUUAAACGCAGCAUGGUCAUGGUCAACAAAGCUAUUCAGAAGUCUCCUCGAAUAGUCCAUUGGGUCCUCGGACGGCAUGAUAUCGACUCUCCUUGCAGCACCUUGACAGUCCUUGAUAAUCGUACGAAGAGGCGUUACGAAAUCCCCAUCAGGCGCAAUGCAGUCAGCGCCCUUGAGUUUCAAAAGAUCACUACUGCUCAUUGCGGCAUUGAAUCUGUCGGCCAAGUUGACUUCGGCUUGCGUGUCCUCGAUCCCGGCUACCGCAAUACCGCCUGCGUGGAAUCCAACAUCACCUUCGUCGACGGCAAGCGAGGCUACAUCCAACUUCGGGGUUACCCCAUAGAGUACCUUGUUGAGAAUCAUGACUACGAAGAGGUCAUACACCUCCUCAUCUGGGGCCGGCUACCCGACGCGGUAGAGAAGAAAGAACUUCAACGCAGGAUUGCUGCAGGUUGCGCUCCUCCCGAGCACGUCGUCCAGGUCAUCACCUCCUUCCCCAGAGACUCUUUGACUAGCACAAUGGUCAUGGCCGGUAUGGCCGCUUACGCUAGCUGUGACGAGGGAGCCGUUAGCACACUUCAGUCCGGCUGUCCGGCGUACUUGGGCCAACCCGACAAGGUUGAUGCCGCCCUCAUCAGCACUAUAUCCGCUCUCGCCACCGUCGUCGCUCUCACGUACUGCCACAAGCGCGGUAAAAGGCUCGCUCCUGUCGAUCCCGAGGCUUCAUUCACUGCCAAUGUCCUAGGGAUGAUGGGCUUUCAAGAAGGAAUGAGUGGCAAACCUGACGCGGAAAUGGUUCAGUGUUUCGAAAAGCUCUGGAUCCUCUACGCCGACCAAGAAAUGACCAACUCGACCUCUGCAUUCUUGCAUGCAGCCUCCACGCUGGUUGAUCCGUUGUCGUGCUGUAUCUCGGGAAUCGUCUCCGGAUACGGCCCGCUCCACGGCGGCGCCAUCGACCUCGCAUACAAGGCAUUCCAAGAUGUCAAAACACCCGAAAACGUUCCGGCGCUGAUUGCCGACGUCAAGGCCAAGAAGCAACGCCUUUUCGGGUACGGCCACCGGGUAUACAAGGUCGUCGACCCUCGCGCCAAGUUCAUCCGGGCCAUGAUUAACCAGUACAGGGACAAGGUCGAGUCGAACCCGCUGCUUUCGGUCGCGAUGGAGAUCGAUCGGGUCGCUAGCACCGACGAAUACUUCACGAGUCGCAGCCUCAAGGCCAACGCAGACCUCUACGGCUGCUUUCUGUACACUGCGUUUGGCUUCGAACCGGACAUCAUCGUAGCCAUGGCUAGCCUGUCGCGCAUCCCCGGCGUGCUUGCUCACUGGCGGGAGGCAAUGCUCGAGAAGGGCCCCUUGUUAUGGAGGCCGCAGCAGGUCUUCACCGGCGCUCUGGCCGACGAGUACUACUGCGCAACCCGCUGA